UCGCUCAUUGUUCGAAAGCUUCCGCCACCACCAGCUGCGCUCAUUCGGCGCGGUCAAAGUCGGUUAUUUCCAAUUACGCUUUUCCUAAGUAGAUUGCCAAUUACAUCAUGCCAGCAAGAUCACGUCGGAUCAUAUCGAAUCAGCCUCCUAUGCCAUUCGUGUUCCCGCCGAUAAGAAAUCCAAAAGUUUUGUCACUGGUUACGCAAGCAAGAAGCGCUCGAGGUGUUCACAGCUAUUUCAGGGAUGGCUCCUACGAGACGCCUAUCAGUGGCAUAGCGCUAUUCAAUCUUUACUUCCCUGACCAGACAUUAAAAAUCACCAAUGUCAAUUAUAUUAAUUCUGAUAAUCACGUGUAUGGCUAUACCAUCGGCGACGGCACGAAUGUUAGCAUGAGUAUUGAACUCAAGGAACAUAAUGUUAGCGCAAAAUUUUCGAGUCCCACCACAAAAAAAUCUCUCAAGCUUCCAAAGAAAGUUGUGCUCAAUAGAGGGGACUACAUUAUCUCGUCUAUAACCUGCACGCCUGAGGGCCCAUCUACGUGCGAGGACCAAGAAAAGUGUAAUGAAUAUAUGCACCUCAAGUUUACGUUCAAUGGCACGCAGAUCCCAGGAUAUAUCCGUGCAAUACAUAAAGAGUUGUUAUAUACGUUCCGACUUAUCACUGAUCUUGGCUAUGGAAUGGGUACAAUAUCAAGAGAGAUGCAUUGGGAAUACAAAAAUUUCCUGGAGACGAUGGCUUGGGCCAUUCCUGAAGUCCCUGUAAUAGUGGGGCUAGACGAAGUAAAACUUUUCACGAAAUUGGCCUAUUUCUAUGCUGGAGACACGGCCGUGAUAGAGGGAACGUAUAGGAAAAAUACUAAAAAGUACAAAGGCAUUGCCCUAGGAGUCACAAGACAGCUUACUAGCGAUUGUGACAUGGCAGACUUCGCUAUCUACAGAGGCACCAGCGACUUUGUAACGUUUCAUGUGUCUGUGGGAGAGAAGGCCACCGUCAUCAGCACCAACAAAGAGUACCAUGUCUUAACCAAAAUACAGGUGCUGAACCAAUGCUUAGGACUCGCAAUGCAAAAUAUAGAAGUCCUCAACUUUGAAACGUACGUAGCCAUCUGGUCUUAUAAUCAAAUAUGAAACUACAAGGACAUCCAGCACCGGGCGCAGUUUGAUGUGCCACACGGAGAGGCACGCACUUCCAACUACUUCAUUUCCUGAAGAUAGCAAGCCCUACAGCUGGACAGCACAUGCUGAGAGGGCAGCAAAACGGAGCGUCCACCAAAACAUGAAACAAAGAAACGAUCUUCCAGAAAGCUAAACAUAUUGGUCUAGAGUCAAUACAAUAUAUUCAUAUACAA